AGGCAGUCUGGUCAUCAACUUCUCUGAUCUACCUCAACAGCUGACUUUGUGAACCGUGCAUAGAGCGGCGGCUCACAGUGUGAGGGGAAAGAGGGGCAUGAAAGUAGGACAGAGGAGUCUGGCCCCCUUCCCUUCGAACCAGAAGCUCAGAUUUGCAGUAGCGAGAGAGAAGACAUUCGUCCUGGGUGGAGAGAGGGAAAGGACGACGACGUUUUUUCCCUGAGACUUACCGAGACUUACAGAUCAGAAUAUCGAGGUCUUAUGUACUUUUUGUUGUUGUUGUUAACUGACUAGAAGUCGCACCAACUGGAAAACAUGCACAAGCGCACCAAGAUAAAGAUCGCCAUCGUCGUGCUGGUGGUGGGUAUGGCGUGCAUGUUCACGGCGGUGGUUACGGACCACUGGGCAGUGCUCAGCCCACAGGUGGUGCGGUUCAAUGAGACCUGUGAGGCGGCACACUUCGGCCUUUGGAGGCUGUGCAAGAAGCACAUCUACAUCACCGAGCAGAAUUAUGACAAAGCGCAUGGCUGCGGACCAAUCAGCCUGCCUGGAGAUGAAAACUGCACUUACUUCAGGCACUUCAGUCCAGGACAAGAUGCAGAGAUAUUUGAAUACAAAACACAAAAAGAGUACAACAUUUCCGCCGCAGCCAUCUCCAUUUUCAGCCUGGCCUUUAUGAUCCUGGGAUCUCUGUGUCUGCUCGGGUCGUGCACCGGCAAAGGCAAAGGAAGGGACUACCUUCUCAAACCCGCCGGAAUGUUCUUCGCGUUCGCAGGCAUCUGCGCUUUCAUCUCGCUUGAGGUGAUGCGUCAGUCGGUGAAACGCAUGAUCGAGAGCGAGGAGACCAUUUGGAUCGAGUACUACUACGCCUGGUCCUUCGCCUGUGCCUGCUCUGGCUUCGUCCUCCUUUUCCUGGCCGGCAUCGCGCUCCUCGUCCUCUCCAUGCCUCAGAUGCCCCGGAACCCCUGGGAGACGUGCAUGGACGCCGAGCCGGAGCAAGUAGAGUGAUGCCGGCCGACCGACCGCAGCCGUGAAUCACUUUCUUGUUUUCCAGUAAAUAAAAAAAAAUAAAUAAAGAAAAAAAAA